AUGAAAUCUCACAAUCAAGGCAGAUAAGAUUUCCUUCAAUGGAUAAACGAACUAACUGAAUGCGAUUAUCCCAAAGUCGAGUUAUUGUCAGAUGGAAUUGGCUAUUGUUAAAUAAUAGAUGCAUUGCAUCCAGGAGCCAUCUAUCUUUCAAAAUUGAACUUCAUGGCCAGAUUCCCAGAUGAAUACACCAAGAAUCUUAAAGUUCUUGAUGAUGCAUUUUCUAAAUUGAAAAUUGACAAAGUUGUUCCAAUUGACAAAUUAAGCAAAUGCAAAUUUUAAGAUAACAUGGCUUUCUUGUAAUGGAUGUACAAUUAUGCAUCCAAAGUUAAUCCAUUUGUUAAGAAUUACAGAGGGUAUUCAAGAAGAUUGGAGGCUUUUGAAAAAUAACAUCAUGGUCGUUAUACAUAAAUGAGUGCACAUCUAAUUCCAAAUACUGAAUUUUUAAAAUUCAAAUAGACAGAUAUAGAUGGCAGAACCUUCUUAAAAGUUGAAUCAACCAAAGCUUAAUAGGCUGAAGAUGCUAUCAAAGAAUUGGAAAUCGAUAUCAAAAAUAAAAUGGAUUACAAUUGGAAAUUGAUCUAUGCUCUAGAUGAUCUGUAAUAUUAGAGAGAUGUAUUGUAUGGAUUGCUAACGAAAAUUGAUUAAUGCGUACAAAAAAGCAGUGAUCCUGCUGCUGUUAAGAUGCACAAUGUAAUUAUGGAAGAACCUAUAGAUUUUUCAGAAAAAUGA